UAACUUAAGACGCAUUUGCAAGAGUUUAAAGUAACUUACAAUUAUUUAUUUUUCUCAUUUGCUUCAGUUUUCAGUUUUUUCUGAGCUUAACCAGUUAAGAAAACCACUAUUAUUAUCAGUUCUGCACUUCACAACACUGUUCUGGUUUUUGCGCUGUUUUUCCUGCAGUUGUUGCUGUCGCUUUUGAUUUUGGGUGCCAGACAGACGGAACAUGGCCAAAAAAGCACAAGAAAAGGUAACAGCCUCGCCCGUUGUACCCAUGGGCUACUCUCAGCUGCUCACCCAGGUGGCUGGCCACACAUUCGAAGCGAGCAACGCGGCAGCCGUCGGACUUCUCCAAGAUGCUGGCGAGGGCCGCGUUUUCAAGCCGCUCGGCAAACCUGAGUGCGGCGUGCGUGAACUCAAUUUCUAUGAGUCACUGGCGGCGGCAAUUGCGACACAAGCCAAUGCAGGCGCAGGUGCCAAUAACCUGAAUGGCACAGGUGAAGGGAAAUGCGAAACGGAUCAGUCACUGCUCGCCGCCUUAGCAGCUCACGUCCCCCGCUAUUACGGCCAACUCAAACUGGUUGUUAAUCAGCGUGAGCACACAUUUAUCAAAUUGGAAGAUUUGACACACGGCAUGGCCAAACCGUGUGUCAUGGAUGUAAAAAUCGGCCGACGCACCUGGGAUCCAUUGUCAUCGGCGCAGAAGCGCGCCAUCGAAGAGCAAAAGUAUGUGCUAUGCAAACAGAAUCUGGGCCUUUGCCUGCCCGGCUUUCAGGUCUAUUGCCCAGAUGAAGAGCAACCCGAACAAACUAUACUGAUUCGAAAGGGUCGAGACUAUGGCAAAAGUCUGGAUGUGAUGGGCUUUCAUAAGGCAUUGGCGCUUUUCUUCAAUGCCAACUGCAGCUCCAGCGAUAUACUUCUCCACGAGGUGCUCAAUCAGCUGCGGUCCAUACGCAACUGGUUUAAGCGACAGCGUUUACUUCACUUCUAUGCCAGCUCUCUGCUCAUCUGUUACGACUUCGAGCAGCUACAGAAAUUGGCCACAUCCAACUCCAAAGUGUCGCAGCACAACGGCUUCCAUGGGGAUGCCUCAGAUCCUAUCCCGCCCACCAAAUCAAAGCAAUGGAUACGCGUACGUUGCAUCGACUUUGCACACAUCUUCCCGGCCGAAGAUGCGCAACCGGAUCAUAAUUAUAUGUUUGGACUGCAGAGCCUCAUCGAUAUAGUCGAAGCGAUGCUCCAUCGAUAGCAGGCACCGAGAGACUCCUCAACCGCGGGUCCAACACACAUUUGUAUUAAUACUAAGCCAAAAGAUUAGAUCACAGCAGAGCUGUAAUUAACUAGUUGAAAAGAAAAGACCGUUUGGCAAACUUUAAUUACUUGAUAAAUCAAGUUUAAUUACCAUUACUUUACUAUUGCUCAGUAGCGAAGCCAAAAGUGAAAUACCAUUACUCAUUGAAUUAAAUAUGUAAUUGAAAAGUAAUUAACUAAUAACUGCAUACAAGUAGACUAAACUUUAA